GAUUGUGCCGACUCGGCAGAACAGCUGCUGGACGGGAAUAUGGUGGCCAGUGCAUUCUACGAGAAAUACAAGGCCGAAAACGAAGCAGAGGCGGAAUUCGGGGUCUACAAAGUGUUGGAUGGUUCUGAACUGGGCUGGACCCUCUUCGAUGUAAAUGGGGAUUUGGACUGCGAGGCUGAUGCCGUCAGCAGGGUGCUGCAGAACAUCAAGUUUACCAGGACGCAGAUCAGCGGCACCUGUGUGGUGGCCACCACGGCGACGCGGAAGCCUUUGGCAAGCGCGAGCUUAAGCUUCCAGCUCGUGAACAGCCGCUGGCAGAAGUGCAUCGCCGCGGUGCCAUGCCAGCCAGAUACGCAAGGCUCUGCCGGGUGCGUCGGCCAACUGCAGGAGUGCGAAGCGCGAGAGGACCAGGCUUUCAAGAUCGACAAACAGUUCGGCAUAGAAUUCCUCCAAAACCGUGGGGCGACAAUGGAGAUCACCGCCGUGCCGAAUGUAAUGCCAAUCUUUUGGGCGGUGCCAGACCGCGGGACGUACUUGGGAUGGCUGGGUUUCGAAGGACUUCUGGAAGGCGGCGGCCCCGGGCAACUUUUUCCUCCUUCGGCUGUGGCCACAGUUUCCUCCGCAGACGGAAAUGGCCUCACUUAUGAUGUUCAAAGAAACCCUGACACCUUGCCAUGGGACCAGGGAGUGCCUGAAACCUUGGAGGCGACCUGGUACAAAGGCAGCGCCGUGCAGGGCAACGACAUCAACUGCGUGUGUGAGCCGGGGACGGUGAUGCAACGCUUCAACAAGAGCCGGGAUUUCGUCCAGUUCCUGUGCGUGGAAGUGCCCAACCUGGGUGCCUGCACCGAGGAGACCUCGGUGCAACAGACAAUCGACGGGAGCACCUCGCAAAUCGACGUCGACUGUGGCAAGGACGGCGGUCUUCAAGCCAUUCAGGCUGAGAUUGACUCCAAGAGCAGGUGGACAAACUUCCGUUUCCGAUGCUGCCAGAUCACCGCCAACCCCGUGCGCAUGACCAAGUUCGGGUCAGGCCGCGUGCCUCCCGACCCAGCAGAGCAAGGGAUAUACGAUGCGGUUGCCCGCGAUGAUUUUGGCCGACCCCGAUACAACGGGUACGACUGGAGCGGGAGGGCUCUAGGAACCCUGAAUCAUAAUGCGGACACCGGGCAGUGGUGUGUAUCCGAUUUCGCAACGCCGGAAUGUGUCUCCAGCGAUCUGGUAAAUCCACUGGACCAGCAGCUGGGCGGGGAGAACUGGCAGGUCGUCCCUGUGAGUGACUUCGAUGCCAAGUUCGAGGCCGUCGGAGCCAAGCUGCCGAAGCGUUUCCAGUCGAAGCGAAAGGUGCCACCUCAGCUGACCUUCGCUGCCGAGGACUGCAAGAAACUUUGUGUUUCAAAGUUCGGAGAGAUCUUGGAGCGCAGACCUUCAACCCAAUUUUGUGUCACCGCAAGCAUUUUUUGCGAUUAUGGUUGCAGAAACGGUACAGCUUUGCUGUUGCUGUGA